AUGACUGUCAUUGAUUAUGCUCUCUUUCUCCAAAGCAAGAGAUGGCUAAAUUUUUCGAUUUGGGAACCCCUCAUAUUAGAAUUUAUCGUUCCUGGUGCUCUUUACGCGCCUCUGCGUGCGCUGAAGAGCGUCUACUAUCACGAUUUCCACAUAUCAAAAUUAAUUGAAAAGGAGGAUGGAACAGAUAAAAGGUCGAACAAGAAGGUUGCAGAGAAGCCCGUUGCUUGUAAAUGUCUUUUGAACAGUCAAGCUCAACCAAACGCAGACUCAAACAGCAAACGUUAUUCGCGUACUCGUGCAAACUUUGACUUAAACAGUACACGCGCUUCCCAUACUAAAACAAACGCCGACUCAAAUACUCACGUCACUUUUUAUGCACUUCUGCGCACGCUUCAAAGCGUGGAGCAUCGAGACCUCUUUGAUGCGCUCAUUGAAAUCGAGCACUGCAAAGCUAAGACAAGUUUGGCCGAGGAGGUUAAAGAAGAAAAACGUAGCUUGCUCAUGUCAUCAGAAUAA